GGGAUCGUCCACAGGAAGCUUACGAUGAACAGAGCAAAGUCCGUCCGCAGAUAUAAAAUGUACGCAGCGGUGUUAUCAACAUCAUAAGCGACGUCAUACCGACUGCAACCAAAGCAGAAGAGGCCUCCUACAGGCCCGACUUGGCGCCCCUCGGGUGGCCGUUACAUUCAUCCAUCCAUCUAUUCAUCCAUCCAUCUAUCCACCAUCCAUCCGUCCAUGCACACACAAACAAACGGCACGUAGAGACAGAUAUACGCACAUUACUCCCCCCCAUCGGCCGUGACUCCUCAGCUAUCGGUCGCGGCGCCUCUUGCUGCGGAGGUUGUAGCCCUCGUCACCCCCGUCUCCCCCGUUUCCCUGCCUUGCCACUCCGCCGCAGAAGGACGCCGCAGAAGCCUCGAGGGCAGCGGCCUCAACCCGCAGCCGAGAGCCCACCCUCUUGCGCUUCUUCUGGCUGCUGGACGCUGUGGCGGCCUGCUGCUGCUCCACCUGUGGCUGGUGGUCCUGGUUGCGGCCUGGUGGGUCGUCUUCGUCGGCCGGUGGCUGCUCCUGUUGCUCCAGGGGGUCGAUGGGCGGCUGCUGCUGCUCUUCGGGGAUGAGCGGUUGCUGAAGGGGAGGCAGCUGCAGCCAGUCCAUCUGUCGCUGGACGGGUGGAUGAAGCCAGCAGACAACCUGGCGGCCAGCGGAUGUCCCCGGGAUGCAAGAGUCUGACACAAGACAAACACAAGACAACCAACCAGCCCCCAGUGAGAUAAAUGGAUGAUGCACAUAAAUGGACAACGCACCGCCAUGCAUACCAGAUGUGCGACACUUCUUUAGGGGUGGGCCCUCUGCGACGCCUCGGGGAGCACAGCCAUAUACUGUAUGAUAUACAUUGUGUCAUUUGUGCACCCUGUCGGUGCCUGCCUGCCUGUCUGUCCGUCUGUCUGUUUGUGAGCCCUCUCAGCGUACGUCUAUAUUGUCUUGACACCGCCGCCGUCCCUCCCGCAU